AUUAUUUUGAAAAUCGUUGGAACUAGACACUUGUUCACCACUUCACCAGAGGCCCUCGUAAUCAGUCAGUGAUGUUUUGUUUCCUAAGUUUAACCAGUGUGGUCUGUGUUCUUGUUUUUGAUGCCUGUAAUGAGACAUAUUGUGUGAACAUAACCUUUAAUUUAUGUGCACAUGUGAAUUUAAAAUUUACAUUCAUGUAAAUAGAAAUUUAACUGGUUUCAGGAAACAACCCAACUUAAAAACUGUGUAUCGUAUUUAGUGAAAAAUGACAACCGCAACUGUAAAAGGAAAUGUUUUGUGCUACAAAGGAAGCAAUUUCUUUCGCCAACGACUAGUACUAUCAGUUUUAAGUGGAAAACCCAUCAGAAUUUCUUAUAUUCGUGCAUUCGAAGAUGAACCAGGCAUCAAAGAAUUUGAAGUUAGCUUAAUUCGAUUGUUCGAUAAAAUAACCAACGGUUCGGUUAUUGAAUUGAAUGAAACGGGUACUUCAUUGUAUUUUCAACCAGGUCUGCUGCAUGGAGGAACAUUUAGCCAUGAGUGUUCUACGCAACGUGGAGUUGGGUAUUAUCUGGAAGCCCUAGUGAUGGUAGGGUUGUUUUGCAAGCAACCACUAAACGCUACCCUACAUGGAGUAACUAAUAACAAUAUUGACCCAUCUGCUGAUUUAAUUAAAACGUCAAUGAUUAGAGCUGUCAAGAACUUUGUUUUGGAUGAUGAAGGGCUUGAAAUAAAAGUCACUAAAAGAGGCAUGCUACCUCUUGGAGGUGGAGAAGUAAUAUUUAAAUGUCCAGUUCGUAAGCAAUUACGACCUGUUCAGUUAUUAGACAGUGGUAUGGUGAAACGAAUUAGGGGCACAGCAUUUGCUUUGAGAGUGUCACCAGCAAUAGCCAACAGAAUAGUUGAUAAAGCAAAAGGAGUUCUUCUGAACUUUUUGCCUGAUGUUUACAUUAACACAGACCAAUGUCGAGGUAAGCAAUCAGGAAAAAGUCCAGGAUUUGGUGUGCAUUUAACUGCAGAAACCACAAAUGGCAUUAUCUAUUCAGCAGAACAAGUGUCAAAUGUUGUAUCCAAUGGGGAAGAUCCAUCAAUUCCAGAGGACGUUGGUGAAGGUGCCGCUACAAGAUUACUAUAUGAAAUCUACUUAGGAGGAGUAGUGGAUUCAUCUUCUCAAGCACUUGUUAUUUUGUGUAUGGCUUUGGGGCAACAGGAUGUUUCGAAGUUUGUGACUGGACCCCUUACUGAAAAUGCAAUAGGGUUUUUGAGGCACUUAAAAGAAUUUUUUGGUGUCACUUUUAAGGUAGCACAUGAGUCAGAUGAAGACAGUUCAGGAAGAGGAACACAAAAAGUUGUGCUAACUUGUGUUGGUAUAGGAUACAAAAAUAUUAGUAAACGUACCAUUUAAUGUAAAAAAAUAAAAAUAAAAUUUGUACUUUUACUUAA